UGGAACUGUAAAUACAAGAGCACUAUAGUCCUUAACUAACACACCUGAUCUUAGUCGAGAGCAUUUUAAUAUCUCUCUAGGUUAUAAUCUGAGGAUAUUACGUUAAGUAAUGAUAAAUCCAGAUAUAUAAUUGGAAUUUAUAGACACGACAUGCUGAUGUAAACAAUGUCUGAUAGUCCAAUCGGACCGAUAAGCUUUAGACCAAACGUCCCUCCGGGCCUACAGAAACUUCUGAAAGAUCUCUCAGUCGAAGUUUUGCGACAACAGCCUGUCGAUGUCACCAAGUUUGCUGCAGACUAUUUUCAAAAAAUUCUACGGAAACGAGAAAUAGACCUGAACGGUCGGGUCCUGAAAAUGGUGACAAAAGGAGCACCGAUGGAGAGUGGCGAUAAAUCGAAUGAACCGAGCCCAGAUAAGAUGAAGAUCUUAUUCGAGAUGAGUACAGACGCUGAAGAUGAUGACGUCACGCUGCCUGAUAACUCAAUCAUUUAUCAAAGUGACAACGAAGAUGAAAGUGUCAUCCCGUCAGUUACAACCGGACUUACAAAUCUUUCAUCCGGGUUCUUCAUCGUCGGGGAAUUUUCCCCUCCAAUAACACCAGAUGCUAAACACGAUGCAAAUACCAAAGUGUCAAAUUGGGUCAAUUCACACGACGAUAUUCCGGGGCAAACGGAUGGCGAUGGUAUCGACAUUGACCUUAACGACCCUGAAGUUCAACAAGCUGCUUUGAAAAUCCAACGAACAUUUAAAAUCCAUUUGCACAAAAAACCAAAAGCAAAAACGAUAUGCAAACCUACCAAAGAAAAAACAGAAACGAACAAGGAAAAAUCCAGGAAAACCAGCACUCAAAUCAAAGCUGACAUUGUUAAAGAAAUUGUAAAUGACCAAGAUGUAAUAGAUGAUGAGCCGCCACUAUGCACUAUUGUGUAUGACAUUGAUAAUGAGAUGGAAAUUGAGGAAGCGCAUACACUAAUGAAGACAUCGGGAUUCUUCAUGAUUGGAAAAACAAAAGAUGAAGGUCGGAGUGUAUUCAUUAAAACGCAUCACAGAGCUGGAAGUCAAACGCAAGUUGGUACUGCAUAAGUUGAAAUCGACUCUUCUGUGUUAGAGAACUAGGACAUUCUUCAAAUUCUGCACAUUAAAUGUGAUGGUUUAUUUUCCGAAGAAAGGGAUUUGUGAAAUCUGAUCAAAUACGGUAAUUGACACAGGUGCAAUAUCUAAAUGCAACAGAAUUGAAAAAGGGACGUCCACUUUUUUCAAAAUUAUUUACUAACGAUCGAAAAAGUUGAACUAUUGUUAUAAAAUGAAUUUGAUCUCAACUGAACGACAUCCGUUUUGAAGACGACAUGAUUUUAUGCAAUACAUGUUGACCUGAUUGCACAGUAUCUAUCUACAGCAUCACUUGUCAGAAUGAGGAUCGUAACACUGACGGUCGUUAUAGAAACCGGUGUCCUUGAAAAUGGCGGAUGGGAAUCGACCCUUUCGAACUAGUCUUCGUUUUUGUCGACGUAAACCUU